GGCGCGAACGGGCGCUAUGUCUAGAGCCCGGCUUCUAAAAAUAAACAGCGGAGGAACUAGCGGCGCGCGCGGAGCCGUCGACGGGGCGGCUCGGGACGCCUGUGCGCAGCGGGAUGGCCGAGCAUUUCCCCGGCGGCUGUAGUAACAUAUACCAGCCCAUUACUCAGUGGUAGGUGUCCUCAGCACCACCACGACCUCAUUUCCUGGAGGUAGAGGCGUCUCUUUAUCAGCAGCCCUACUGCUUUUUAGCCCCGCCAGCUGCUCAUUGCAGCAGCAGCAGCUGAAGGGAAAGCCGAGCUGCUUGGCUCUGGAGUGGGCGGACAGAAAGCGAGCGACCCGAUAAAUGACGUGUCAGGAGAGGGAAAUUGGUGAAUAAGUUCGUUCCUCACCCAUUGCCUGAUUUACGUAUAAGCUGAACAAGCUACAGCUUAGGGCCCCACUUUCUUGGGGGUUCCAAAAAAAUUUAAAGGAAAAAAACAACAACUGGGUGUACAUUUCCAAAAUAUAAGAUAAAUAAAAUAAAACCUACAUACAGCAACAGUGUUUUGUGUUGUGUAGGCUGCUAUGAUGUAAGUAAUGGGCCCCGCCUGCUAGCCUGCUCAGCCUAAAAUAUCUCUGCUUUGCACAUUUCUAUAUAUACGGUGCCUACAUUCUGCAUGGACUGGUUGCAUGCAUAAAUUACCAUAUAGCAUAUAUUCAACACAAAAAACAGCAACAAUUUGUUGUUGACAGAGGACAGCUGGACAUGUAAAGAGCCAUAUUACCUUCAAUAGCUUAGGGCCUCGUCAAACCUAAAUCUGGCCCUGCCCCCACCCCACCCAAAAAAUAAGUUUCAAGACACUCUGAGCAGUGAAGUAUUACAGCUGCCUCCAGAGCAUUGUAUUGUGCAGCUCAGAAUUUGCAUGCUUUGAUGAGGGGUAGCAUCUGUCCGAGGUCCUGGGCAAAAGUCUCUCUCCCAGCCCAACCUUGAGAUGCUUUGCUCUGCCAAUGAGCUUGUGGCCCUUCCCUCACAAUUAAUACAUUUGCAAGCAUGGAUUUCGUCACAGUGUUUCCUGAAGGGGCAUUUCACUGCAUUAAGAAACACACAAAAACACCUAAGACAAUUUGCCGUGUGGUUCAGUGUUCCCACCAGCUUCGGAAGUUGGAAAUAAUUGUGCUGUUUGUUUUGGUUGUUGAAUAGAUAGCCCUCAAAUGGCAUCCUUCAAACCUGCUUUUAAUGACACCCAUGCUAUUGUGUAAUAUCUUUGAUUGGGCAUAAGCUGAGAGCAAAAGUAUGAUGUCUGAGGAAACCAGCUUGUUAAACCAAAGUAGGUUUUGGUCUGGUCAGUGUCUGAAUGGGAGAUGCCACAAGUUCCAUGAUGGAACAUAUAUAUAUAUAUAUAUAUAUAUAUAUAUAUAUUUGUUUAUUUAUUAAAUAGGGUUUUUCUGUUUUUGGUAUCAGGUAUGGUUAGUCUGAAUUGUGUGCAGAUUACUGAGUAAGAAGCAUAAGAAGAGAGAGCCAUUCUAGAUUAACCCCAAAUCUAGCAUUUUGUUCCCCCCAAUAGCUGACCAGAUGAUCUAGUAUGCAUAAAUAUAUGCAUUUACUACAUUUUAAUGCCACGUAACAACUGAAGUUCUGUAGGCAAAAUGAAGGUUAAAUGAUUAAAACAGAUUGAAAUAAAAUGAAAUAAUAAAAUACAAAAGCAUUAAAAUAGCUGCAGAAUGCAACCAAAGUGAAACCAACAACCUUGAGAUAUGGAGACACUGUAUUCAAGCAAUUAACAAUUUUAUGGAAUUCAAAUUUGUUUCACAAAACGCUUUGUAAACCCAGAAAUUCCAAGUUCUAAUUUUAUUUUACCUACUGCAAACCUUCUGUCCUUCAAAGUAAACGUGGCAAACCGCAUCUUCUGAACAUAAAUAGGCAUAACAUUUGUUUCCUCUUGGUUCUUCCCCCUCCCCAAGGAUAGCAGACAAUUUCUUUGUAUGUGAAGGAUGCAGUGUGCCACGUUGUCUGCUGUACGAAAUGUAUGUGGAGAACUGCAGACAGGAGGCCCAGACUCAAGUAAAUCCAGCUACAUUUGGAAAGGUAUACACAGUGUGCUGCUGCUACCUUAAAAUGUUAUCGGUUUCGGAUGGAGCUGUACCAGUUUCUGCUCCACUAGAAGCUGUGGGCUCUGGGAGCUGAUUUUAGUAGAACUACUAUUCAUUUAUCAUAGAGAAUCAGUGGUGUUAUAUUUGUACAUACUUAUCAAACAAAUCUUCCCUUCUCUUCAGUAAUCACUUGGUAUUGUAUAUUGUGUUGAGACAUGUGCAGGACACGCCUAUUCAUAAUUGCUCAGUACAGCUCAUUUCAAUGGGAAUUAACUCCCUAUUAAAUCUGCAUACAAUGGCAGCCUUAGGUUCAAAUUAGACCCAGUGGGAGAUUCAAUAUGGUGGUUUUAAUAUGUGUUCCACUCACAACUGCUGUGAGACAUACACAAUGUAUACUUGAGUAAACAUUUCGUAUUUCUGGAUAUAAACUGUCGAGUGAAAAAUGGCAUGAGGCUGCUGUCCUAAACACACAUUCCUGGGAGGACUUAAUGUGGCUUACUUCUGAGUAGAUGAUGUGUACUGAGGAAUACACUGUAAAACAUGUAAAAUAUUCCAGAUAGAUCGACGGAGUGUGGGGGGAAUUACUAGCUGUUCAGUUCAGUAAAUACCAGGUGAGUACAUCACCUGGUGAUAAGUUGAAUGGGUUGAAAAUGUUCUUAGAUGAUACAGGAAGCGCACAAAUAUUUUACCAGUGCGACUAACUCAAAAAAACCUGUUCUUUUUAUUUGCAUUUCUUUUAAGCUUGUUCGGUUAGUGUUCCCAGACUUAGGAACCAGAAGACUGGGCACAAGGGGAAGUGCAAGGUACAUUAUCAUUUAAUUUGUAUUAAUUGAAGAUUUAGAGGCUAUUAGAAAAGUCUAUAGUCAGCUGCUUAUUUGUGCAUUUAAGAGUUCGUGGGUACAGUAAUAUGGAAGGUGAACUUUCAUUCAAAACCAUGGUAGCAACAUCUGUAAACAGUGAAAUACAUUCACAGAGAAAUCUUCAACUCCCUCCCUCUUCUGUAUCUCUUUCCCUUAAAUGUUCUGUGGAUGUUAAAUCAUUUCCCCCAUCAAUCCCCAAGUCUCCCUCUGCCCAGUUUAUUGUACUCUUUUCUUCAAUUUCUUCGCAUCUAAGAUCCCUGUCUCUGUUCCUCACUUCCCCAGCUGUUCACACAGUCCUUGACCUCCUGGCAUCUUUUCCUUUCUGAAAACAGCACACCUGUUCUCUUGCCCUCCAGGCAGUGUGUGUGUGCAUUCACACUAAAUUCAAUUUUUUACUUUCCUUAUAGUAGCUGCGGUUUGUUAAUAUUCUGCUGGUGGCAGUUGACUGCUGAAUGGUGCUAAUGUUCAUAAAUAUUCUAAGAUGGAACAGAAAGAUCAGUCAAUGCUUGUGGUUUUUAACCCACCCACCCUCAUGUGACAUUAGUCUAUAGGCAGAAUUACAUUUAUCACAAAUUGGCAAAUCUUGAAAUAGUGGGGCAGAGCUUCACACUGGAAAACAUGGUGAUCUUUAGAGCAGUUUUCAUAUGAUUAUCGGAGAGAAACUAUUUGUUUUAAGUUGAAUUGCAGCAUAUAAAAAUUUGGCCUGUAGCUUAGUGCUUCUCAAGCAUUUUGAAGUGGGACCCACCUUUAAUUUUAUUUUUCCUCUCUCUUCAGAACAUAUUGAAGAAUAUCUCAUCAGUAGUCAAAACUGCACAUGUUUAUAUUUUAUAUCCAUUUUUAAUGACGACAUAGGUAUAUAGCCAAUGUAGUGUCUUCCAGAUGCUCUUGGUUACAACUCCCAUUAUCACUGACCAUUGAACAUGCUUCCUGGGGCUGUUUUGUUUAUUUAUUUCCACUUGUUAAUUGCUUCCUAUGAGACAUUGCAAAGUCAUUUAACACUGGAAACAUAACAGUGAAAACAUAUAUAAAACACUUGACACAGUUCUAUAUAUAAAACAAUUUCAAAUCCGAGACAGAUGGGGACAAAAGUUUCCCUUAAAAGGCUUGUUGAAAGAGGAAGGCAUCAAAACGACAAUACAGUAGGUGGGAGGGUGGCUGUCUGAUACAAAACCGAAGAAUAGAUUACACCACUCUAGAAACCCAGUUCCUUUGUCCUGCAGAACAAGCCCUCCUGAUGAGGUGGUAUCUGCAGUUGGCGUUCUCCUGCAGAGCACAGUGAUCAGUUGGGUUACAUAAGGAGUGAUUGGGUCUUUUAGGUUUCUGGGUCCCAAAUUGCAUAGGGAAUUGUGCACCAGUACCACAGAGCCUAGGGCUUGCCGAUCAAAAGGUCAGCGGUUCGAAUCCCGACGACGGGGUGAGCUCCCGUUGUUCAGUCCCAGCUCCUGCCCACCUAGCAGUUCGAAAGCACAUCAAGUGCAAGUAGAUAAAUAGGUACUGCUCCAGCGGGAAGGUAAACGGCAUUUCCGUGCGCUGCUCUGGUUCGCCAGAAGUGGCUUAGUCAUGCUGGCCACAUGACCCGGAAGCUGUCUGCAGACAAACACCGGCUCCCUUGGCCUAUAGAGCAAGAUGAGCGCUGCAACCCCAGAGUCAACCGCGACUGGACCUAAUGGUCAGGGGUACCUUUACCUUUACCUUUACCAGCACUAUGAACUUAGCCCAGUAGGCCGUUGGCACCCAGUGUAAUUCUUUCAGCAGCAAUGUAACAUAAUGGUGAUCGUUUGCCCCAGUGAGCAGCGGCAUCCCUGCAUUUUAAAGCUGCAGCUUCUGGGUCAACAUCAGGGGCCGCUCUACAACUGAUGGGAGUUGUAUUCUAAAACAUCAGAAUACAUACGUUGGUUACCCAUAUUCUAGGCAGUACAUAUUGGAAUAGAAUUUAAGCUGUGACAUAGAGCAACAAUGGGGAAACUGUGCCCUCCAGAUGUUGUUGGAAUUCAUCCCUCAUCAACCCCAACCAGCAUUGGCCAGCAGCCAGGGAGGUUCACAGUUGUAGUCCAAUAACACCUGAAAUGCCACAGGUUCCCCACUCUUGUCAUAAAUGGAAGGAGCUUAUUUAUUUAAUGGGGUCACCCAGUAGGAAGGGUGUGCUGUCUGCCUGAUGAAGGAAGGAAGGAAGAACCUAAGACCUGUGGAAAUGGGGCAAGGGAGCAUGUCAUUCAUUGUGCAACCCAGGCAUAAGCAAACUCUGACCCUCCAGAUGUUUGGGACUAAAAUUCCCAUCAUCCCUAGCUAACAGGACCAGUGGUCAGGGAUGAUGGGAAUUGUAGUCCCAAACAUCUGGAGGGCCAGAGUUUGCCUAUGCCUGGUGCAACCCAACAGGACCCACAGUUUUGGUUGCACUGGCUUAGUUGAUUAUCAACAAGGUUGCACAUAGCAUAUUAGGUGGUUAAAGGUGUCACAGGAAGUAUUCCAACAAGGUUGUACAUAGCAUAUUAGGUGGUUAAAGGUGUCACAGGAAGUAUUCCAUUUAUUUAUAUAUUUUGAAUCUCUGACAGAUAUUUACAGAUCAUGGCUGAGAGUUCGCCACGCAACUGGCCUCUUCAUUAAUCUCUUAAAUUUGUCUGUUAUUCUUCAGGUAUCAUUAUGAUGGAAUACAGAUAAAGAAGAGCUCACCCUUCUACGCCUACUAUUGCUAUCUUUUGGCUGAGAAAAGGGAGAACAGGUUUGGUUCUUAAAUAUGUUUCAUGACAAAAUGUGGGUACGGAUAGCUGAAAUUGUAUUUCCAGUGAAUUUACGCCAGUUGGUUGGAUAAUGAUAACCCUGGCACUUUGAGGAUUGGGGGUCCCAGUUUGCUGUGUAGUUGCAACAGAAGCUGUAAAACAGUAUGGGAUUAAGAGUCUCAUGCUGUACCAACUGAGCUAUCCCAGUGUGAUCUUGUUAUUCACAAAAUGUCUUGGUCCAAUCCCAGGUCCAAUGGGUGACAUUUAGUUUUACGGUCAACAAAUAAGAAGAACCAAGCUUGCAAAGGUCAGCUGGUUUAACUGAGACCGUUUAAUGAAGUCCCAGGCAAGAGGACUUCAGAUAGCUUUCCAGUUACUGAUUCAGCUAUUUGAACAGCUGAGGGAUCAGAGUGGGACCCUCUUUGCUAAUUAACUCAAAUUUUGGAUGCCCAUUGUUGAGCAAACAGAAUAUAUUUGCAAGCUCUAGUUGUCAGUUAUAACCUGUUUGAGCAAGAUUCGAUUCGUCAGCUUUUACUCUUAAAUGUCAAAACUACUGCUGCCAAGUUCUAAUUAAACUUAAAAUCAGAUUUGUCGCACAUUGCUCACACACACACACACACACACACACACACACACACAUCUUCUGCAAUGAGCUACACAUCACAGUAGAAGGAUGCAGAUGCCUACAAUAGUAUAUAUGGAUGAAGUGUGGGUUUAAAAAAUUGCUUCAAAAUGAUCCACUUAACUGAGUUGUGCAGCAUGGAGAUUCUGCCUGGAGACUAAAUCAUAUAUUCUACAUUCAUAUUACACAAGGGGGGGGGACAAGUUACUUGUGAAAAUUCAUGGGGUUGAAUCUAAAUGUGUGUUUCCACUAGCAAAAAGCAAUUUCUGCUCUUGGAAUGAUUGUGUUUGAAUUAGUGAUAGAUGAAAAAGGUGACCCCAAAUCUGGAGGGUGAGCAAUGAAUUUGGGGGGAAUUGAACCUAGGACAUACUGGGUAUGGUUUUAAAUUGGGGAAAUAAACUAAUUUAAGAUGACUUUGUCCAGAUGAUUUGGAGGUAAUGAAUGGGGGAUAAUUUAAGGGGAGUUGAAUUGCUUUGGAGGAUAAUGUACUGAGAAAUUAAUGGGGGAUUAAUGAAUUGAAGAGAAAUUAGUUUGGUGUGAACUGCAGUGGAGUGCAAAUUCAUUGGAAAAAUUUACCUGGGCUGAUUAGGGUGGGAAAUUAGUUGUCUUGCCUACUGUGAUGUUUCUACAUAAAAAUUAGCAUAGCCAGAUUUGUUCCUGUGGCCCUAAGCAGUAUGUAGCCAGGCACCUACAAGGUGUUUUACGAAAGUCAGCAAACGUAUUAAAAUACCAGUCUUAAGAAUUUCAUUUCAUUUAUUCAUUAUUUAAAUUUCUAUCUAACCCUUCCUCCUAAAGGAGCCCAGGGCAGCCACAAAAACAGACAACGGCCAUCACAAUAAAAUAAAGCCAUUAAAAUGUAGCAAAAUAAAAAAUGAGCUGGGGAAAAAAUGAACAUAUAAUCUCGGGUAGGCUGUGGAAAAAUAACUUUAACCAUGAUGGGGAUGUGCAGUGUCACCUGACAUGACUCACAGCUAGUUACUGGUUGCAUCCAUUUUCCUUGUUGGGGUAGGCAUCGCAAUAUAAUAUCCACUCAAUUUAGGGCCCCUCCAUAUGCCCUUUUUAUUGUGAAUUCAUGAUUAUUCAUGCUCAUGAUGCUAUUGGAGUGGUUAUAAAUGAGCCCACUUUCAGAAGUGUUUGUGCCUGCAAACAUCUCGGGGUUCAGUUGACUUGCUACAGUGCAAGAGUCCCUUUCCGUAUGGCAGUGAUCACAGCGCAGUCACAGGCCGAAGCCAUUCCUGCCUCACCACAGGCCGCAUCCCUGGUUGGAGACAGAAAUCCGGAAAGGAUUUAUAUGGGAAGACACAAAUAUGCAUUGGGAAGCAUCACAGGGCAACUAACAAAGGGUCCCUCCAGGCUGGUGAUUUAUUGUGGCUGUAUUCUGCAAGCUGUUCUUGACAACAUAAUAAGCGGAGCAAGGCAUGCCGUGUAACGUAAACAGCUCUGUCCAACAGAGAGGAACAGCAAGAGGGCUGUUGCCACCCGCCAGCAUCUGCCACCUGAGGCAGUUGCCUUACUUUGCCUGUGAUAGGGUGGGCUUUGCCUGUUUCCAAAAGCCCCCAGUGUGGUAUGGCGGAAGGUUGUGUGUGUGUGUGCUGACAGGGAAGAAGCAGCCAAUGGGUCUUAGGGAUGCAUGUGAGGGAAUGUGGGUGACGGAAGGAAUCACGGAGUCCAUGGAGGCACAUGCCCUCACAGUGACUUUCGGAGGUGAAGCGUGGUGUGAGCAUGCUCCUCUAGCUUUCUCCUCAGACUCAGGAGGAAACAAACAAAACACGUCACACAAAUUUCCUCACACAAGGCAGCAGGGAGAGGCCAUUGCAGGGUGAUCACUGGACUCAGAGGGCAUGUUCUCUGUGAGUCCUGCUCCCUCAUCCCUGCUUGUAAAAGCAUGAUCCUUUUUCCAUCUCUUUAGUUCUCUCAUUUGACUCAGACUGUAAGCACUCUGAGGCAAAAAAAUAUGGUUUGUUUUGUUCAGUUCUCUAGGGUAUUCUGAGCACCGUCGGGAUGGAUGUUUGCUAGUGUUCUGUGACUACAUAUGGCAAGCUUCAAGCAGGUGCUCAUGUUUAGGGUGCUGACAUCACCGAACAGAGGGAUGAGCUCUCCUGCUUCCCUGUUUCUAGGCAGCAGCUGCAGCCACAAGACCAUGCGUACAGCUCAAUUGGCUCUUGAGGAGGAGCAGGAUGGCGGCCUGAGAGCUGACAAGCUAUGCCAGCCAGCCUAUUGAGAGAGACCACCAUCCAUGCGUGUUGCUAUAGUAACAACAUUCGAUUGGGUGGAGUGCUCUUCCCAGAGUAGCAGGGGCUGGGAAUUCUCAGGAAACGUAUUACUACACUCCCGGCAGUUUAUCCUAGAAUUCAAGUCGAGCUGCUCCAAGGCCUUAUUAAAAAGAAAGAAAGCAAAGUCCGAGUCUUGAAAACCUGGUUUUUCAAUAAGUGUUGCCCACAAAGCAACUUAUACCCAGCUUGCCAGGUGUACCAACUUGAAUAAAAUAUUGAGGGGGGGCAGGUAAGCCCCACCUUGCGUAAUGGAUCACAUGAUGCGGCACACGCACACCAUUUGAAUGUCAAUGCCCAUCAACUUGGCGGAGCGGUGGCCCCUCAAAUAUUUUAUUGAGGGGGUCCAAAGGAACCUCGGCCCCUAUGUGUUGGCUCCUAUGCAUCCUGUACAACCUAUUAUCCAGCGCUAUUUUUCUACAACAAGAGGUGCCAGAACUGACCAUGAACAACUCCCUUGUUCUCGUAUAACAGCAAUGGGUCCCACCUGAGAGGUGCCAGAACUGAAUUCUGGUGAGCUCUGGCUGCAAAAAAAAGCCGUGCUAUUGUCCACCAAGCUGAAUACAGCCUGCUGGUUAUAUAUGGCACCCCAAUGGAAGCUGCUGUUUGCUGGCACUGCAAAAACAGGAUGGUGGUUAAAAACUUGGCAGGCUGUAAUAGAGGAGUACUGGAGUGCCUUUGUCACCAGUUGUGCAGGCCUUCUUUAAUUUGAUUACGGCCAAAUUUGUUUUCUUUUUUUGUUUCUUGCUUAAAUAAUUCUUGCUGCAUUGAAAACUACUUGGGGGCCAAGCAUAAAUCUUAACAGCUCUGGCGUUUGCCACCCUUUAGAACUGCGCCCUCAAGUUCUUAGAAGUUCACAGUAAGCCAGGGAUCAGAAACCUGUGACCCUUGAGCUGUGCUUAGAGUCCCAACUCCCAUCAGCCCCAGACAAGAUGGCUUCUUAAUGGUCAGGGAUGAUGGGAAUUAUAGUAGCAAGCCAAAAAAGCUCAUGCGCUGCCAACGUUUCACCAAAUAAAUACAUACAUACAUACAUACAUACAUACACGCAAACACACAUGUUUGUGUCUGUUUUCAUAACAUGGAUCACGCACUUCCACUGUGCAUUUCUACAUGUUGCAGCAACAUUCAUUUGAUCUGUAGCGGUCCCCUGCUCUGCUAGCUUAAAAGCCAAGUGGGCGACUUUUCUUUUUAUUAAUGUUGAACAACGAAACCAUAACCCUCGUGCUACAAUGCUAACUUGCUUCGGGAUCUGUGGUGUGUGAAAUGGUAGGCUGCGUUUAGUGCCAUGGUAUCCAACUAAACAGUUCUGCUAGCACAAACACUUUGGGUUGUACAGUGACACUCACUCUCAUCUCUCUGUGUGCCCCCAUGUACCCCCUAAGUAAAUUCUGGACGUUCCCCCAAUUCAGACAUAGGGGACACAUGAGGAGAAGAGAGGGAGGUAAAGUUCCGUUGCUCAGUCCCAAGUCUUUAUGUUACUGGAACUGUUUGGUUGGCUAUCACCCUGUGCUUAAGCCAUUUAUAUGAAUGUGCUCCAAACAAGAUGGAACCACCAUCCCACAGAGCUUUGAGUUAUAAAUAACUGAAUCCUGAAGGAUGACAGCUCUAGCACUCUAAUAAAAUGUUAACAAGGCGUUUCCCCAAAGGCAAAAAUAGGAAGAGGAUUUAUCGUUUGAUAGGAACUAGAAAACAGAGGCUGUCCCUGGUCAGUAGGGGCCAAGGUUGACCUAGCAAAAUCCAUGCAUGAAGCUCAGAGCGUAGGUGCCACCACUUCUGUGGUGCUUUUUAGAUGCUUUAAAUUGUUUUAAAGUAUUUUAAAAUACGUCUUUAUUUCAUUUUUAAUUGCCUUGUUUUAUCAGGGAUAAUAAUAAUAAUUUAUUAUUUAUACCCUGCCCAUCUGGCUGGGUUUCCCCAGGGAUGUGUUUGCCAUGUGGGGAAGAACAGCAAAGCAUAAAUUUAAUAGACAAUAAAUGAAAUAAUAUGUCAGCAGCAAGCUCUUGAAUCUGGUGAGCUAGCAAAGAGUCAGCCAGUGCAGUUCUUUCUGCAUGGAUGAAAUAGCUAAGUGCUCCUCUCAGCAUCCUAGCUGCUGAAUUCUGCCCUAGUUGCAGCUUCUGGACCAGGUGCAAAGGCAGCCCCACAGACAGUACAUGCCAGCCAUCUAAUUGUGAGGUUGCCAGUGGCUAAGCUACCCAUGUUAAGGAAAGAACAUAGCUGUCAUACCAGCUGAAGAUGGUAAUAGGCACUCCUUGCCACUAAGAUGUCCUUGGCCUCUAGUGGCAAAGAUGGUUCCACGAGCACCUUCUGAAUUUUGUACCUGUUCCUUCAGAAGGAGUGCAACCCUGCCCAAAACAGGCAAACAACCUAAUUCCUGAACCCAGGAAUCACUUGCUGCCAAGGAUUCAGAGAGACUGUUAGCCCAUCAUAACACCCGGGCAUUGGUUCAUACACUCGCAACCUCUCCUGAUUCAGACAUUGUAGAGAAAUAGUUAACCAAACAGAGCUAUUUCAAAGUAGGUUUUGUUGUUGUCUAUCCUACCACAGUGGGGAGGUUUGCAGUUUUGAGAAUGCGGCAAGUUAUCAGAGCAGUGGCUGCAGAAAAGAGACAGUGAGUAUUUGUUCAAAGCAGAUUUAAUACGAGGUGGCUAUGAGCCAAGGACUGUUAAAACAUCCAUCUGUGAUGGAUCAGUGAAAUGCAACCUGCCGAGAACGCUUUUUAAAAAAGCAUUUUUCUUCCUGGCUAUGAUUCUGCUGUAGGAACUUGGCAGGAGCCAUGGCACUGAAUCAGUAAGCGCAUAAUUAAAUCCUGUAUGCGAGAGACUUUAAGUGUGGUGACCCAUUUCUUUGCUUGCUUCCUGGAAGGAUCAUUAUUGCACCUCAGUCCAUGUACUCUGCUGUGUUAGUCGAUCUCAGGGAAGAGUCUGCUGCUACCUUUAAGUACACAGCUGCAUCACUUGUGAAACAUAGACCCAUAGAAUCAUAGAACCAAAUACAUGAGUGUGACUUGCUGCUCAUACUUUUUUAAAGGUGAAGUCAGGCGUAACAAUUUUAGAGCUGUAGGUUCACUCUGAAACUGCCUCUUCUGUGUUCAGUCCAGUUGUCUCUUUUCCACUCCAUGAUGGAAUUCGGUGGGGGGUGGGGGGGGAUAGAUUUGCAAGUUUGAAACAGAAGCCGGCUGUGUGCAGUGCUGAUUGACUGCCCCACAUCAUGUUCCCAAUAAACCUUUCUGUUCGAGCCCUGGAGCAGUUUAGCAAAGGAACAAGCAGGAGCUAGCCAUACAUGGGUGUGCACUGCUCAACUGACAGUGAUGCCCGUGUAUUUUGUGUAAGAGUAUCAAACCAAGUGUGAGAAUCCUUUGAUCAGGCUAAUGGGAAUGUGAGUUGGAUUACUGGAUAGGAGUGGCUCUGGAAAUACUCUGUAAAAGCACAAUGACAGUCCAAUCCACCCAAAAAAUCCUUCAUGUCAAGUUUGCCCCAGAUCGAUGUGGCUGUUGCAAAUACACACCAAUGCCAAAGGACCCCACUCUGUUAUUUCCCAAUGUUGUGCCACCCAGUAGUAAUAAACAUAGUUGUAAGUGUGUCUUGUAAACUUAAUAAACUGUUGUCGUUUUGCAGAAGGACCAAGAAGCAGUUGGAUAUCCACUUCCUGAAUUCAGGAGAUUUUCUUCAUGGGAGCAGGAGCUAGAAAAGAAAUAUUCCUGUAAAAUGGUAUGUUUGAUAGCAUAACAACCCUUCCAGAGCUGAGAUCAAAUCAAGUGAUGAGACCCUGUUGUGGCUACUGCCACCAAGGACAGCAAGAUUGUAAAAAGCAGGGACUUCUUGGUGGUAGCCCCCAUAGUGUGGAAAUUAUCCCAAAGGGAAACCUACACCCUUGUCCCUUUAAGGUUGACAAGUAAGAUCUUCUAUUUUUAUUAUCCCAAACUUCUGAGUUGCAAUAGUCCGCUUCUGGUUACUGAAUAGAUUUUUUUGUGAUAGGGUUGACCUGUUUGGGCCUGUUUUGGUUGUAGAUUGUUGCAUGGUGCUUUGAAGACUGAAUGCAAUUAUGAAUUCUUGACCAUGGUGCUUUCAUGUUGCCUCGUUUUGUAUCUGUUCCAGGUUUCUUUAUUUGCUGAUGCGUAUUGCACCCACUGCCAGGAAGUGUUGCAGAAUGUAAAAAACAAGGAUCUUGACCAGGUAGGUGUGAUGUUUGUGGUAGGUCUCUGCGUAAACCUUCCUUCCAUGUUUAUUCGAUAGGAAGUUCCAUAUCAUUUCUCUGGCUGUAUUUAGGCCAAAAGUGAUGUGAGGUUAAUGUCUUUGCCAUUGCCAUAUAGGUUUGUUUUAGUUUUUUAAAUGCAAAUAUCAGAUGGUGAGAGAGGCUGAUCAUUAUUAGGAUUGCAGGAGGCAGGGAGGAGGAAUUCAACUCUUUCUUUCUGUGCUGUGGUCCUGAAGAAAACACCUCCUCUGAAAGAGGCUUGGGCAACUCUGGCUACUGUGGGAGCAGAAUGCUGGAAUAGGUGGGUCUUUGGUCUGAUCCAGUAGGGCUCUCGUGUUCUUAAGAUGCUAUUCGCUUUGGGGGGGGGAUGCCUUUGCUCCCAAGGAAACAUGCAUAUACAGUGGUGCCCCGCAAGACGAAUGCCUCGGAAGACGAAAAACUCGCAAGACGAAAGGGUUUUGCGGUUUUUGAGGUGCUCGUAAGACGAAUUUCUCUAUGGGCUUGCUUCGCAAGACGUUCCGUCUUGCGAGUUUGUUUCCUUUUGAAGCGGGAACUGGGCUGGCAGGGAGCGAGCAGGGGAGCGACCUACCUUUUCCAGAGGGAUCCUCUUCUGGAGAGGGCACAGAGGAGGCAGGUGAGCUGGGAUCCAGCGGAUCUGGCUGGGUCUCUGUGCCGCCUCUGCCUCUGCCUCUCUCUCUCUCUCCCCCUCCCCACGUGGCUGCUUCAUUUUGCUCUAACUGCGCGAAGGCAGGAGGAGGCGGGACAAAGGAGGAGGAGGAGGAGGCAUCCACUGUGCUUGGGCGGCCCGAAGGCGCCUUUGCGGGGGUGGGAAGAAGCCGGGAGCAGCUGCCAAGACUGUGGGGAGCCCGGCGGCGUGGCGCAAGGUAACGGGGGGAGCAAGGGAGAGUCCGCGCCGGGCGCUUCGUGCGUCCGCCCUCGGUUCCUGGGCUCAAACUUCCUUUGGCACCUCGUGGAGAGAGAGGGAGAGGAGUGGGCUGGGGCUUUGAUGUGGGACGCGGUUUGGCGGAGCGAAGACGCGGCAAGGCUUGGCGACAGAGGAAGGGGUGCUGUUUUCAUGGGGAGGUGGGAGGGGGUGUCUUUGCCUCUUCCCGGCAACAGAUCCUCCAGGCUGGGGAAACUCCUCCUGCUGGGGAGCGACCCGCUUUGUGCUUUGCCCGCUAUCCCAUUAUAAUGCAGUACCAGGGUGCAUCCGUGCUUCGCAAGACGAAAAAAUCCGCAAGACGAAGAAACUCGCAGAACGGAUUAAUUUCGUCUUGCGAGGCACCACUGUAUGUAAGAUGGUAGCCAUUAAUGGAAUUUCCUCCUUCCCGUAAAUCUCAUUACUCCAACUACUUUAUCCUAAAUCUGUGCUUGAUUAUGAUGAUAUACAGGCAGGCAAAACGAACAGUCCUGUAACCUCUUUUUUUCCUAGAUUUCAUUGCUAAUAUUACACGCUUUAGACUCCCAAGACUUUUAUUUUGCCUCCUUUUUGGAAACAAUGGGGAUCACUACCGAUAUUUUACUUCCGUCUUCUGGGCCAGUUGGAUUAAUUUUUUUUAAGCCAAACAUGAGUAGAGCAAGUCUUCUUCUACCCCCCCCCCAGCCCACCACCAUUAUGUGGAGAUGCAUGUUCAGGAGCAGUGUAGCCGUUGCAUUAGGGGAAGGAAGCAUUCCAGGGGAUUCCCAACAUCUGGGAAGGCAGCAGAAGCACAUGGUGGGUUCUGGGCUGAGCAAAUGUCCUUAAGCUUCUUUUCCCAACAAUAAAUGACUUCAAUGUUGCAGUGAAAAUUCAUUAAGUAUGUGCUCCUUUAGGUGGAAGAGCUCUUCACUUCUUUCUGGAAGUCUCUGAAGCCUGACGCAAUAAUGUUCAUGUCCCAGGCAGAUGUUUGCCAGCUGUUUCAGUGCUAUGACAGGCAGCUCUUCCAGGUACCACUUUUCAUAUAUUAGACCAGAGGUUCCCAAACUUUGAGUCAGACCUUCUUUGGGAGAAGUGGGGCAAAAGUGUGCAGAUAAAAGCGAAGUUCUUCAACCAGGUGGGCAUUUCCUUGCUUCUGCAGCUAAUACAUGUAUGGCUUGAAUGUCCCCUGGUUGACAGAGAAACCUUGUAUAUUCAUACAGAAUUUGUGGGGAUGGCUGCAUUCCUAGUCCUUCAUCAUCUCAACCUCACUUGGGGAGAAAGAAACCCUAGAAGGGCUGCUCUCGUUAUUCCAAUGAUUGGUGCUCAUUUGUGAUUUUCAGAAGGUAGUGUACAUGGUUCUCCUCCCGAUUUCAUCCUCACAACCCUGUGAGGUAGGUUAGGCUAAGAACAGACAGUGAGUGGCCUGAGGUCACCCAGUGAGCUUCAUGGCUGAGUGGAAAUUUGAAUCCUGGCCUCCCAGGACCUAGUCCAGCAUCCUAACCACGAAGCCACACUGGCACUGAGAUUUUCUGAGGAGAUCUUAUGAGGAGACCUUAUUAUGAGCCCCUUUGCUGCUUAGUGUGGCCAUGUGUCCUACUUUACAGUGGAGAGUUUGAAGGAGUCCUCUACUUGAAAGCUCCUGCAAGCAGUUUCAGGUUUAACAUCAAGGGCUCUGUAGUUGCCCAUAAUCAGUUAGCACCAAGACAGAAGACUAUACAGGCACACAGGUUACCUAAUCACUGUCUUCUCCAUCAUGGUGAGAUAUGUUACUUGCAUUUCUAUUUAAAUUGUAGUCAUCAUUUCUAAUUUUGCAUCUGUACAUACAAAUUUGUAAGUGCAAACUUUAUUCAGCUGCUUGUUGCCUUCUAUAUCCUCAUGAAAAUUCAUCAGCAUUUUAGUGAGAAUUUCUCCUAAUGACUAACACACAUAUUUUUGUAUGUUAUUGAACAAUAUGAGUUUUGUAGGUUAUUUUCACUAACAUCUUUAUUUAUAAUACAUGCAUACAUAUUUUUGGCAAACAUUGUGUGGUUGGAGAACUUCAUUGCAAAAUUCGGGUAAGUGCAGAUUUCUAAGGAAAGAUGUGUGUUGGUUUGCAUAUUGUUUCAGAAGGUACUGAUUUGAUAGAUUCAGCUUUAAAUGCAAAAUGGAUUCUCGUCCAACCCUUGUUACAGCAAGAAACCACGCUUCUCCAAGUUUGUAAUGCAGAACUGUUUGUAAUGUAAUGCGGAAUUGCGGCUUCUACUAAAGUGAAAGCAGAAGCUUUCAUUUUUCUCUUGCACAUUAAAAGGGAGAAGGGGCUCACUGUGGUCAUUCCUAAUCUCGUAAACCUAAACCAUGGUUGAAGUAAUUGUCUGAACUGGGUCGCUGUAUUUAAUCCUCAAGAGGAAAGUAAUUCCUAGUCCCUUCAGUGGUUUGGGACAAUCUGUUGGGAAAUAAUCUGUUUUCAUGUUGUGUUCAUUGCAUUUGCCUUUGGGUAAGAACUAUCCAAUACUUUUAGGAAAUGGAGAAGAUUCUGCUUCAUGAUUUUCUGGAAGAUGUCUCUAUACAGUACCUCAAACUGGUCAGAUUAUUCAGCAAAAAUAUUAAAAACUGGCUGCUCGCAACUAUGGAAGACCUCCCACCGUUGUUGGGCACCUCUAAAAUCAAAGGUAUGUUCAAGUAUUGUGAACUUGAAAAGCAGGGUCAAUAUUCAUAGAUAUGAGCUGUUCAAACUGUUUAGUAAUGCAGGCUGUAACACAAGUCGUUUAGAAUUAAGUGGUGGUGAAUCAUUAUCAUUUGUUUCUUCCUUUCCUCUCAGAGGUGACUUUGUUUAUAAAAAGACUUCGGAGGAAGACUUACCUUGCUAACAUGGCAAAGGUAUGUAUCCCAAAGGUGAAAGCUGAAGUCAGUUGCAAUGAAUUAAUUGACAAAAACGUUCUGUAGGAUGGAUCAGUCACAGGCCUAUGUUUACAGUUAUGUUGUGUUGCUGGACAUAGUGCAGUUAUGAGAUGCUGCCUCCUUCUGGACAGAAUGUGGAAUGGGUGGAGGACUUGGGCAGGUUGGUGGGGAAAGUAAGCUGUAAUGCAGAGGUAUGGAGCAGUACGAAAAUCAUUUCCCCUGUGUUCAUUGCUGAGUACCAAAGCAUCAUCACCGCUGCCACCGUAGAACCCCUCCAAGCCCCAAUUCUGGUUCAAUGCUAAUAAUAAUAGUGACUGUAUUACCAGUUAUUAAUUGAUCAUGAUAAUGGUGAUGAUAUUGUGUGUUAUGAGGAGGUGAGAGGGAUCAUCAGCAAUCUGAUAAGCCUGGGUUGUAUCCAGUGUUAGCUAUAUACUGAGAUUAAACCCUUGGAAAGUGAGUGGGGUUAACCAGUGUGUUGUAGUGGUUAAGAGGGGUAGUCUCGUAAUCUGGUGAACCGGGUUCGCUUCCCCGCUCCUCCACAUGCAGCUGCUGGGUGACCUUGGGCUAGUCACACUUCUCUGAAGUCUCUCAGCCCCACUCACUUCACAGAGUGUUUGUUGUGGGGGAGGAAGGGAAAGGAGAAUGUUAGCCGCUUUGAGACUCCUUCAGGUAGUGAUAAAGCGGGAUAUCAAAUCCAAACUCUUCUUCUUUUUGCUUUCCCCAAGACAUAAAUAAUGUGCACUUUUUCUCUCUUCAUUUACAGACCAUGAGAAUAGUCUUGAACAACAGCAGGAGGGUCAAUGUUUUGAAAUCGGACAUGAACGCAAUCAUUACUCAGGGGUUUUCGGACAUUCCUGGAAGCUCGCUGCAUAUUGCAUUUAGAAAUGUGGAUGAAAUUGAAAGUGGCACAGAGCUGAAAUGUAGCAGCACAGGCUCUUACUAUUUUCCUAUUUGAUGGAGUACUUUGUUCACUUUUUCUGCUAGAAUAUGAUAGAGAACCUCUUCCUCUUUCCUUGAUACAAAAUGUUUUUCUUAUGUGGAUAUCACAUGAGGAUUAUUUCACAGUUUGCUCUUAGUUUCAAAUGUGGAUGUCCGUCUUCCAAAUUCUUUUGUGACAUUUGGUUUAGUUUGGACUCUUGUUGAAGUUUUAUAUGACUAAUAAGGUUUCUCUUUAUAUUAAUUACAGUGGGCAUGGCUGUGAUGAAAGGAAGUUAGCACUUGGGAGAACUUCCUGUGCAAAUUAGGGCAAUUUUCAUCAGAAAGUUUUCAGUUUGCUCUGGAAAGUUUUCUCAUGCCCUAGAAAGUGCUCUUGUCCAUUUUACCUGUAUUUAGUGAUUUUUUUUGAAACUGACAAGCUUGCUCUAAUACUGUGUUUGCCUUUGGCGUUCUUACUAAGGAACUGACAAAAUAGGAAAACUUUCAUGCCACAUCACUGUUGAAGUUAUAUGUUGCUACUUGAACUAACACCCUUUGUUGGACACUAAUAUCAGAAGACCUAACUGAUCAAAGUAGAUAAUAUUCAUAGCAAAGCUUCUUGCUUGUAUGUGAAUGGGGAAGUCAUAAUUUUAUCAACGGACACAAGACAUGUGUGUCUUGAACAACUGUAACCUUAGUACAGAGAUGCAGUCCUACACAUCAAAGUAUCAUAUGAUUCUUUGCAUCAAAGAAUAACAUUUUCAUUGACUAAACUUUCAUGGUUUCCCUGCCUUACAUUUUCAUGUGACAAAAACAGUUGACACAGUCCAGCCCAAGCUGGAUUCAGUAGGAACACUAAGUUGAUUCUUAAUCUCAUUCAAAUGAAUUGAACAUAAAAAAUGUUGAAUUUCAGCUGCUCUGUGCACAGUAUUUUUCACAUAUAAGAACAAACACACAUUGAUUGACUAAAGCCCUAGUUCUCCGUAGAGGCUGCAGUGAAGUUUGGAAUCAACAGGCCAUAAAAACAAGAUCCUAUUUAACUAGAAGUGAAUAAGAAAACAUAUUGUCUUCAUAUAGUUGUUUUAAAAUUUUUUUGUCUCUGUUAAGUAUAAAGAGAUUUAAACUAAGGAACAGCCUUGAGCCAUCUAUGAGCCAGUGCAUAUUCACUUGUUUUAUAGGCUUGAAUAAUCUGAUGUCUUCACUGGACACUUCGACAGAUAUUAGGGUUUUGCUAAAUUGUUUGUCCUCGGACCUUGAGGCUUUCGUGAUUCAGGUACAAAAUUAGGCGGUCUUAGAGAUACUGUGUUUAUUUCACGAGAGAGACGGUGAUGCUCCUGAAAUGAAGCUGGUGUGUGUGCAUUUAUAUGAGAGAAAGGUGAAGGAGGGAGAAUAGGGUGACCCUGCUCACUGCCAGCUCUGGACUUGUCCACUUUGCCCUCCUCCCAGUGUCAAUUUGGCUCCGCCCACUGCGGGCAUGAGGUCCCUGGCAAGUUGAUUAGCAGAAACAUAGCCCUUGGUCUGGAGAAGGUCAUCCCAUCCCCACUGCAUACUUUGUACAAUGACCCAUACACACACACACACACACACACACUCAUAUGAGAAGUUUCUACACUAGUUGAAAGUAGUUGAACUGAAAUACUUGUGUGCUUGGAGUGUGGGUGAGGAUCAAUGCUAAAAUAGAGGGACCUUUCAGUAUGAUCUCAAAACACAUAAAUGCAAUAUCUGAAGAAGUGCACAUGCACACAAAAGCUCACACCAAUAGCAAACUUAGUUGGUCUCUAAGGUGCUACUGGAAGGAUUUUUAAAAUUUUGUUUCGACUACGGCAGACCAACACAGCUACCUACUUGUAACAUAAAUGCACGUAUACGUUCAACCCUGUUCCCAAAGUCUCAUUCACUAAAGCAGCUCCUAUUUCUUUAUAAGCACAUCCUGGUGGUAUGCCAGAAACCACUAGACAGCUGUCCCAUGUCUGAAGAAAUUUAUCCAUAGUGGAAGAAAAGUACUACAUUUAUAUCCCAACUUUCUUCCACCGUGGAUUUUGGGGCAGAGUUCCCACACUCCUAAUCAUAUAAAAAAUGAGCUCACUGGAGUGUAAUGGGACUUAACUCUCAGGGAGGCUGGUAUAGGUUUGAAGCAUUUGUCUAUGCAGUCUUUGGGGCCAUGUUACAAUGAAAUGUCUUUGUGUGACUCUUUGCAGCCAAGCAAGAAUCAAGAAGAGUUCAGAAAGCUCGCUGCUAAUUUCCAGCUGAGGUGGAACUUCCUCUUGACGUCUGUCAGCAGGGCAAUGACCCUCUGCCACACUGAGAGCUUUGGUCAGUGAUGUCCUGCGAUGGUCUUUUGUAGGUCGUAUUCUGCUGUGAAACAUAUUUGGUGGUCAAGAACUUGGGAUCUUGAACAAGGAGCCUUAUGCCAUGAGGGCGGGAUUCUUAUCUAAUGAGCCACCUGCCUCAGUGUGUGCUUAUGACUUGUGCGCUUGAGGCCCACGAUGGAAGAGGAGUCUGCUUUCAGGUGGGGAGGGGGCCUUCAUAUUGCAAAAGGGCUGUGGAGAUAUUGCAAACAGAUUGUUGAGGGGUUUUUGGGGGGGCCGAUCGGAUUUCCUCCAGAAAGUGUAAAUCCAGAUUAAAUGAGGAGGGUUGGCAUUUGGAUGGCAGCUAUGUCACGUAGAAGCUUCAAAAAAAAGCUUGCAUGCAUCGUAAGCAUGGAUCCCACAACAAAUACCCCCUCUUUAUGCCAUGCAAUUAAGAACAAUAUGGAUUGCUCAGAGUCAGGCAUGGCAUAAAUCAGCCUGCCAUACUUAGAACCUCAAUUUCUGCCCUUAAUGUUGGCCCUACUACCAGUAGUAGACCUUCCCAUCCUUCUCAGACAUUGUGUCGGCAGCAGUGAUACUUGUUUGUUGCUGGCCUGGGCAACCAGUGUGGUGUAGUGGUUAAGAGCAGUGGACUCGUAAUCUGGGGAACCGGGUUUGCGUCUCCGCUCCUCCACAUGCAGCUGCUGGGUGACCUUGGGCUAGUCACACUUCUUUGAAGUCUCUCAGCCCCACUCACCUCACAGAGUGUUUGUUGUGGGGGAGGAAGGGAAAGGAGAAUGUUAGCGCUUUGAGACUCCUUCGGGUAGUGAUAAAGCGGGAUAUCAAAUCCAAACUCUUCUUCUUCUUCUUCUUCUUCUUCUUCUUCUUCUUCUUCUUCCUGCCUAACCACAUUUCCCCAAAAGUAAAAUAGAUGCAUUGUUGGGAAAGUCUAGUAACUGAACAAAGAGAGGCAGGCAACCCAGGCCAUUCAAUCCAGCAGGCAUUGUACAUUGCUCUGAGCAUAUGACGGAUGGUGCACAUACUGUAAAUGCCUGAAAGACCACCUGCUUCCCUACAGACCCUUUUGGGUGCUAAGACUGGCAGAGGGGGUAGCUCCUUUGCCCUCAGAAGCUUGGGGUGGCAGCCUCUAAGUUGUGGAAAUUCUUCACCACAGAGGUGUGUCUGGCAUGUUCAUUACGCAACUGCCUGUGAAGGCUGAAGAUGCACCUCUUGUGAACUUCCAGAUGUUAUUGGACUCCCAAGUCCCGUCCCUGGCUAUUAGCCAUGCUGACUGGGGCUGCUGAGAGUUGAUGUUCAACUACGUACAUCUGGAGGGCAUCAGAUUCCACAUUCUUGUUGUAAACAGUAAGGCAAGAGGGAAAUGAAAUGCAGGAAGUACAGACAGUGAUAGCUGUGUUACAGACAGUGACCACAAAACAGCUUUGAUGGUAACGCAUUCUGGCACUGGUAAGCUGAUUGACACAUGUAGUGUGAUUCAAAAACAAAACAAAGCACUUGAUAAAAGAUACAGAUUUAGAAUCUUUUAAAGAAGACUGGAAACCAUUCCUAGUCUAUAUGUAAAAUUAUUUCUCAUAUGCAAAGACCACAGCGGGGUUUGAAGUGUAAGAAAACAGCAGAAUACAUUAAGAAACAUGUUAGAGAGUAUGAAAUUAGAUAAGAUGGAAACUUUAAAAUGCAAUUGUUCGUGAUUUGAGUUAUAAACAUUGAUGUUGGGUGAGCGGGAAGUCACUAGUUUUGUUAAAUUGGAAUAUAAUUGUUGAGCAACAAAUUACUUUUUCUAUAGGAAAAAGAAUAAAAUAUUAUUACAAAAGAAAAAACAAAACAAAAAAACCCCAACCACUUUGUCCCGGUGCAAACUUGUGCAGUUUUCAUUUGAAGUUUCUUUGCUCCAGGAUGACCACUUUAAAAUCAGUUAAAGUCAGUCUUUGUGCUUCUAGACAGAGAUGUUUGUAGGUGUGGGGCACUUCGAAUCCAUACAACAGUCACCUGCAAAACAAGGGGAGGUUUGUUGCCAGUUCAUUUACUGCCCUCUGGAAAUACAAAUUGAGUCAGCAACUCCUUGCCUGUUACAAUAGUGCUGAUAAGUAGGUUUUCUGAGAUGUACUUCCUCUCUUAACUACAUCUUGAUUUCAUCCAGAGCUCUGGGACUCACCCAACAGCUCCUCACCAGAGAGCAGCUAAGAGGGAAAAAGCCCUGCUGUUCUGCAAACCAUGCAGUUUUAACUCCUUCCUUUGCAGGACCUGCUUGGGGAAGUUCAAAGCAGUGGGAGAAAUGGCUCUGUAGUUCUGUCCUUUGCAACUAUGCAAAAGUGUCCAUGUACUUUUGUAUGUAAAGGACAACACAAAUACCCUCCAAGUGUGAGGUCACUGGUUGAUUUUUAGAGCUGAGUGCCAUCUCCCCAUUCCUAUCUCAAUGCUAGCCAAUGCACCCCUUUUGCCUUUUCAUCUGACUAGGAAGGUCUAAUAGAUGGCUCCACAAUUUAUCCCAUCUGUUUUUAUUUUUUUUAAACCUAGGCUCCUGGCAUUUGUUCAAUUUGCUUCUGCUUGAAUAUGUUAUUCACAUACUUCAAACCCAUGUGGAGGAGGAAGGAGAUGGGGCUCCAUUGACGAUGACGCAGGAUUCCUUGGCUCUUCAACCAGUCUGUCUUCUGGACGAUUUUGCAGCUGAACAGCCUGAUGGUGGGGAGGCAGCACCAACUCGAAUCAUUCUGACCCAGAGUCAAAGCGACAUUAACUUAAGUAGCAUUAUUCUGAAGGUCCUCAGCUGCCUAGUAGAUGCUGACACAGGCAACAAGGUAAAAACCCAGUUCUUCAUAUUUGCUUCUGAAUGAGAAGUGGAAAAUCAGAUUGUUGGAAAUGGAUGCAUGCUUGAGGCAUGUACACAGGGCUCUAUCUGUGCUUGUGAUAUCUGUGAACAUCAAAAGGUAUUCCCAGCAGCUAUGAUCAAGAGUAGGUGAAUUUCAUUUCAGCUUUGAAGUAGGCCACCCUGAUGGGCUUUAUACCAGACCAUGAGGAACUUCUGGUGUUCCAUCAUCCCUGGUCAUUGGCCAUGCUGGCUGGGGAUUUUGGGAGUUGAUGUCCAAAAAACAUCUGCCACAGGUUCCCCUGGAUUCAAGUAUUCAGAUUACUACUUUCAGCCAAUAAAUCCUUCUGUCUGCUACAGUCCUUUGGAGGUUUCUGACUAUGUGAAAGCUCUGAAAGUUCCCCAGCUUUUAUAAGCAGCAAAAGGGCUGGUUUUAGGAGGACUAAGACAUACUGCCUUGCUGCUCUUGGGUGUUAUCUGCCUUGCUUUUGCUCUGGACACUUCCAUUUCAAAGUUUUUCAGAGGAGCACGAGAGAAAGAGAGAGAAUAAACAGAAUUGUGUUUAUGGGCUCGUCCAGACUUCAUUUUGUGCUGCGUUUCUAGGCACAGGUCUGUGCUUUAAAGCUCAGUGUCUAAGCUGUGGAAAACCAGAAUUGCCUUUUUUCUGAUUCAGCAUUAAUGAAUGGAAAGUGCCACUAGGGAAAGUGGCAGAGCGAAAAAAGGCGUGCUUGAACGCAGAGCUUUAAAACACUGGCCUGUGCCUACUGUGAGCAUGGGGGGAAAGUAAGUGAUAGUAAGCCCUGAGUCAAUCCUGUCUUCCCACAGCAAUGAUAGUGAUAUUGCAUCUUUCUUUCUUUCUUUUUUUCUUAUGUGCAGCUUAUCCAGGUAGUUCUGGAAGACAAAGCAUCUAAAUGUUCAGUUAAAAUGAAUCUUCCUGUUGGACAGGAAGCACUUGUUACUCUAAGAGAUGGGCAGAAAUUUAUCAUUCAUACCUCUGACCCGCAAGAAGACUGCAGCAGUGCUUGGGAGGAAACAAAGCAGAUCUGAAAGACUGUUUGACGAACAUCUGCAAAAAAAAAAAAGUGUUUUGCAGAUAGUUGAUUUGAACAUAGAUUUUGCACAGCCUCGGUGUAUAUUCUGUGGAAGUAAGUAGUUUUUAUGAAGAGCAUGCAUACAUUUUUAAAAUUGUGUCAUUUUUCUGAUGUAUUUUAGCUGCCUAGCAUGCAUAGUUAAUGAAAUUUCCCCCUCCUUGGUGUCUUACGUUCUAUAGCUGUUGUAGGAAGUAACACUAACAAUUUUGUUAAGUUUAGUAAAUAAAUUUCAGGUGACAUUCCUGCGUCAGUUGCAAUUGUAAUGCUGAAAAAUGCAAACCAGUGACAAUAUGUAUUGGUUGAGCCCCAUAAUGUUAAUACAUACAGCACCAUGACUGUACAUGGCAUUUUACAGUAUAAACGAUUCCUCCCACCCACUCCCACAAGAAACCCUGUUCUAUGGAGCUUGCAAUCUAAAGUUUAAUAACAAGGAAAGGCCAUUGCGCCAAUACAAAUA